AUGAACUACGAUGAACCAACGAACUCUGCUCGAGAGAAGACAGACAUUUUGGACAAAUAUGCGGACAAAAUCAGUCUGGAUGAGUAUCUUGGAGGAAGUCAUAGAAAUACGAAGGAUAAGGCAGAAAGGGCUACAGUCGAGCAAGUUUUAGACGCUAGGACCAUUGGGUUUCUAUCAAAGCUUUUCAAAAAUGGUACAAUUACAAAAAUCAAUGGAUGCAUAUCAACAGGCAAAGAGGCUAACGUCUAUCAUGCUGUCAAUGAGGUGACAGGUAAGGAAUUCGCUGUGAAGAUCUAUAAAACUUCGAUUUUAGUCUUCAAGGACAGAGAGAGGUAUGUGGAUGGAGAAUUCCGGUUUCGUAAUACAAAAAAUCAGUCGAAUCCAAGAAAAAUGGUAAGGACGUGGGCAGAAAAGGAGUUCAGAAAUUUGAAAAGACUCCAUUCUAAUGGUAUUCUAUCACCAGCUCCCGUCGAUUUGAAGUCUCAUGUUCUUGUGAUGGAGUACCUCUCUAAAGGUGAUGGAUGGCCAUCACCAAGACUUAAGGAUUACAAGUUCAAAGAUAUUGAUCAGGUGGUUGAUUAUUAUCAGAGAUUGUUAGUUGAUAUGCGUCUAAUCUUUCAGAAAUGUCGUUUAGUUCAUGCCGAUUUGAGUGAGUAUAACAUCAUAGUUCAUCAAGAGGACUUGUACAUAUUUGAUGUGUCUCAAAGCGUUGAGCCAGAACACCCCAUGGCAAUGGAUUUUCUUAGAAUGGAUAUUAAGAAUGUUAACGACUACUUUUCUCGGGCUAAGAAGAUUAAUGUCUACCCUGAAAGACUUAUAUUCAAAUAUAUUAUAGGUCCGUAUUCUUUUAUGGAUCCGACCGGUGAAUCUGAGUCUGAGGAUAGAAUAUUCUUGAAGAAAUACUUGAAUAAACUACCGCUAAAGACGGACGACGAUGAGGAGCAGAAACAGCAGGACGAAAUAUUCCGAUCGUUGCAUUUAGUGACAUCGUUGCAUAACCUUGAAGAGAGAGACUUCAAGAGAUUUAGUGAGGGUAACGUGGAUACGUUACGAGAUUUGGUAUCUCCGGAGGUUAUGAGAACAAUGGACUGUACUGUACCUAGGGUUGCAGCCGAAGUGAAUGAGAGCGAGAGCAAAGACGAAAGUACUGAAGAAAGCGAUUUUGAUGAUGUUAGCGAUGACAAUUCUCCACCAAAGCUCAAAAGAUUUGAGGACAAAGAUGAUAAGAGAGUCAGAAAAAAAGCCGCCAAAGAGAAAGCCAGAGAAAAAAGAAAGAAUAAGAUGAGCAAGAGCCUAAAAAAAAGAUUGGUCAAGAAGGGUCAUAAACAUUAA